CACCCUCCCCGAAGAUGAGACGCAGACACAGUUUUCUCCUCUUUAUUGGCAGCCCGGAUCCUGGGCUGAACUUUCUCGAGCGUUUACACAUCACAAGCCAGGACUGAGAUUCCUGCAGGCCCUACACAGCUGGACCUCCAGCCUACCAGGCCGAAGAGGAUUACAGUCUGCCCUGCCCCGUUGGCCCUGCCUGUCCCCCAGCUCAGGUGGAGCCGCAGCGCCUCGAGUACUCUUGGAUGGAGGCCUGGAAGUGCUCCGUGUUGUUGAGGUCUUGGCGGCAGAGGAUCACAUAGCACUUUGGGAGGAAAUAGCCGCUGAAGCCGCCACUCAGGCUGGUCAGUGCGGCCAGCACAUUGAUCACGGACAGGUACGGGCCCUGGUAGAUGCUGGCCAUGGUGCAGAAGGUGAUCCAGGAUACGAAGUUGAGGAGCAGGCUGAAGGGGAAAAAAGACCCAGGUGGAUUUCCGGAGAGGUGAUCCCGUGGCUGGACGCGGAGAUUUGGGCUUUCGCUAUGCAGCCGCCCCAGGGUUUUACUUUUAGCGGGAUCUGUCGUAUGACUUGCCUCUAUGGCCAAGUGGAGGUAUUGGGUUUUAUCAUCAGCCAAGGCCAGCCUGCCCAAGAUAUCUUCUCUGCUUAUACCCACACUUCCCUGACCAUCAACGCAGUCCAUUACUCCAUGCCUGAGAAGAGCAAGAAAGAGAUCAAAAGGGAAGCCCGGGCUUUGCUCAGAACGCAUCUUAAUCUGGAGGACAGAUCUUGGGUGAUGGAGAAUUUUUCUCCUCUGUGUUCCAUUUUGCUCCUGGAAAAUGUGAAGAGCACCACCAUAAGCUUCUUAGCCAGCCAUCCGGGUUUAUCUACCAUCUUCGUACAAGAGAAGGACGCUUCCCAGGUUACUUCUGAGUGUUUAGUCUUGGGUUCUGUUGGCAUCAAAAGAGAGAAGAGGAAGAAAGGCCUUCAGUUAACAGAGAGCACCCUGGCGGCCCUGGAGGAGUUAGUGAGUGUGUCCUGCGAGGAUGCGGACGGCUGCCCCAUCAUGCUAGUGUGUGGCGCUCAGGACCUGGGCAAGUCCACGUUCAACAGAUACCUAAUCAACCAGCUGCUAAACAGUAUUCCCUGCGUUGACUACUUGGAAUGUGAUUUGGGGCAGACGGAAUUCACUCCCCCUGGCUGCAUUUCUCUGCUGAAUAUUACAGAGCCAGUUCUGGGACCCCCUUAUACCCACCUGAGGACGCCGCAGAAGAUGGUGUAUUACGGGAAACCUUCCUGCAAGGACAACUUCGAGAAUUACAUCGAUAUCGUCAAAUACGUGUUCAGCGCCUACAGAAGAGAGGCCCCGCUGAUCAUCAACACAAUGGGCUGGGUGUCGGAUGAAGGCCUCCUGCUGCUCAUCGACCUCAUCCGCUUGCUGUCCCCCAGCUAUGUGGUGCAGUUCAACUCCUACAAGAGCAGGAACCUGCCGGCCCUCACCCCGGACCACGUGGCCGACAGGGAUGGCCUGUACACCAAGAGCAAGUCCAGGGCCAGGCACCCGGGCUUCCGCUUCCCAGAGCUGGCGGAUAGCCUGGAGUUCGCCGAGGAAGAGAAAGACAGCCCGGUUCUCUUUACUGGGCACAAACUACUGUCUGUGCGUUCGGAGUUUUCAUUCAGAAAAACUUCAAGGAAUCGGGACUCAUACAACAGGAUUUUUCGAGACCUGGCAGUGCUGGCUUACCUUGCCCAGCUGCUGCCCCCAGUGCCCAAGCCGCUCAGUCCCCUGCACGGCCUGACACCCUACCAGGUUCCUUUCAAUGCUGUUGCUCUGAGGGUUACGCACUCUGACGUCGCCCCCACCCACAUCCUGUACGCCAUCAAUGCUAGCUGGCUUGGCCUGUGCCGGAUACUGGAUGAUGUGCAUGGCUACACGAGGGGGCCCAUCUUGCUGGCCCAGACGCCCAUCUGUGACUGCGUGGGAUUUGGGAUCUGCAGGGGCAUUGACAUGGAGAAGCGGCUGUUCCACAUCCUCACUCCUGUGGCCCCGGAGGAGUUACGGAGUGUGAACUGCCUGCUGGUUGGCGCUGUCUCCAUUCCGCAGUAUGUCUUCAAGAGCCAGCAUGGGCUGGAGGGGACAAUUCCUUACGUCACAACAGAUUACAAUUUCAAACUUCCCGGCGCAUCAGAGAAAAUUGGGGCACGAGACAGUGAGAAAGAGCAGCUGCCCAAGGGGAAACUGCACCCCAAGUCCAAGUUCUUCCGGAAAAUGAAGUUUCUCAAAGGGAAGGAGCAACCAUCCCAGCCGGCCGAUGACGCAUGAGCCCUGUGUCGUGCAGUGAGAAAUCAGGGUGCCUGUCGCAGCCCCGUCGCUGGACCUCGGCCCUACUCUUCCGCAUAGCCUGGAGCUUCUGCAGCUGUGGGAAAGUUUGGGACCCCCCCCCUUACAGGAGGAACACAGCCAGGUCUUCCACAUGUCCUUUGGGGGACCUGGUUACAGUAAAAGUGAUCUGGGACCCCAGAAGCGCCAAAGGCAGGCCGGGCGUGAGCACGGGAGGCACCUUGUUCCCUGCUGCACUGCUCCCUGAAGUGGGAGGCCCAGGGUGAGCGCUGUUGUCCCCACAGUCCUGGUCCUGUGAGCCCCUCCUGGGCCCUGUGCAUUGGACACUGCCAACUUCUGCAGUCCUGGCCGUGUGAGACCGUCACCACCUAGGUUAGUCGUCCUUUUCACCUGUCCUGGCUGCACUCACAGCGGGGGUUCCUGAGGCUCCUUCCUCCCACCUGGGUCACCCAAUCAGCCAUCAUUGCCCACUGACUUCAGCAGGAGCUCCAAGGAUGCAGCUGUGGGAAGGCGGGAAACUGGGAGACCAGAGAGUGUCCUGGGGCCCUGUCUUGCCUGGACGUGGUGGUGGGAUGGAUGAGAGCUUUCCCAGUGCAGCCUCACGGCUGCAACGCUUACUCAGCCUUUGGACUCUGGACCUGGACUCAGGGCUUAGCUCAGCACUCAAGCCCAUCACAUGAUUGGGGCCAUGGAAGGUCCAGCUUCUCCGUUUCCAUGUACACCUCAGGGUGCCUCGUGUGACUGUUUCAUCUCUUGACCUUUCAAAGAAUCUGCAGCCAGCUGUCACUGCCACCUUUUUGUUUCUGGAGUCAAGGCAGAGCAGCGGCGCCCAUAGGUGGCCUCAAGUCAGCCCCCGGAAAGGAGAGAUGUUGCCGCUAGAGGGCCCCCUUGGCCAUGGCAGACAGCGGGCAGCGCUGUCUGAGGAGCCCUGGGCUGUGCAGAAGGAACGGCCCGUUGGGCACAAGUUUCCGCCUUGCAGAGUGAGGACCGGGUGGUGUGGCGAAGGGUCCCUUUCCCUUUCUUGGUACUGCUUUGGAGACAGCCUCUAGCUCAGGCUGCUCUAGGAGUCUUGGUCCUUUUGACUCAGCCUCCCAAGUGCUCACCACACCAGUGAUUUUAAUGAGCUGAUUGGCAGGUUCAUUUUAUUAUAUGUAGCCGCAGUAUCAUGGGUUAGGACAGCUGGCUCUGUGGCAUGAGAACUCUGAGUUUGAACUCCAGCUCUGUCACUUCGAGCAGGUGUUU